AUGUGGGCAGUUGAGACCGCUCUUCUCCGUCCGCUUCUAUUAGCGUACCCAGAAACCGUGAGCUCGGAUUCUCCCAGGGCUAGGCUCAAGCCGCGUACGCUCAAAGGGUACUCGACUCAGUGCCGAUACAUAGGUAAGGUAUUAGAGUAUCAACUCGUCAAUACUUACGAAGCUAUGUUGCGUGGUGGGGUUUAUGCGUGGUCCAUCUUGGGCCAAGCCCUUGGGCGCGAGCUAUUUUGCCAAGUGAAUUUGGACCGAUUGCACGUGUCACCUCGUCUCAACUUGCCACAACUUGAUAGACAAAAGUGA